AUGAAUGGCAACCAGUCGGCUGGACGAGUUGUCCGUGAACGGCCCCCGGAUCAAUGCGAUCAUAUGAAUGACCCCCGGCGACUGGGCGUAUGUCUUCCAGUUGCGAAUGAGAAAUUGGGUGGAUCGGUCAAUCCGCCUGGUUGGAGCAACAAGAUGCCAGUCGGUCAACAAGAUGCCAAUUUAUCUUCUAUUCUCAAAGUAAUAGCUGGCUGCUGA